GGACAACGGAGUGAAGAGCAGAAAUCUCAACUAGUAAGCAAGUCGCAGCAAUGAAGAACACGAAUGGGGGGAGAAUUCUGGCAGGGGGGGGCACACAACACUGGCACCGUGAUACAGCUUCCCAGUGGGAAACAGGCACCUUGAUACAAGGGUUAGCCAGAACUGUUCCGAUCUGAGAUUCAGGCAGGCAGUAAAUACAUUUUAACCUUCCAGGUUGGAAUGUACAGCUGCCUGGCCUCUGCCCGAGCCCCUUUGCCCUCCUAUAAAUAAGUGCCCUCGCAGCUCAUGGAUUUUUUUUUUUUUUAAUGAGUAACAUUUUGAGUUAAAUGUUUUGUUUAUUUUCAAUGUUUUAAUUUUAAAUGUAUCGAGUUUCAAAUCAAAUUAGCUAAUUUCGUAAACUCUUGAACCAAUGAAUAUUCCCCGCCCCAUGUCCCCUUUAUUAACUGGGGGGUUCGAGCCUUGAAUGCUGAUUGGCUGACAGCCAUAUACCACAGGUAUGACAAAACAUUUAUUUGUACUGCUCUAACUAGUUGGUAACCAGUUUAUAAUAGCAAUAAGGCACCUCAGGGGUUUGUGGUAUAUGGCCAAUUUUCCACAGCUAAGGGCUGUAGCGUUGCGUAACACCCCGUCAGGCCUUAUUGCUAAAGUGGCCAUUUGCCUACAUUUCAGAUGUAUCUUUCAUGUUUAUCUCUCACUUAUGGACAGAGAAGAGGGCAGAUUUACUUUUUUUAAAGAGGCAGUUGUCAGCAGCCGAACAAACAGCAUAAUUGGUUAGCAGGUAGACCUCAUCAUUCACUAUCAGCUGAUAGCCUCUCUUUUCCUGAAGUCAAUUGCCUCCAGUAGUCAAGUUAAAAGGCCUAGCUGGCACUUGCUUGCUAAGAAUGUCAGGAGUGAGUGUGUUGCAGAAAAUGAGUAGGCCUGUAAAUGUUGAGAUUUUGGCUACAGAGGUGGUUGGUGUGUAUUUAGAGUUAUGUAUUAUGGUGGUGCCGUUUUUUUUUCUGAAGCGGCUCGGGUUAUUUUUGGGAAAACAUACCUCAAUCUAAAGAUGGAAGAUGUUGCUGUACCCCUAGUUAUACCAUUAUCCAAAAUAAUUUAAAUGUGGGCGUGGCAUGUAGUGAAAUGCUAAUGAACGUUUCGUGUGGAGUUGUACCUUGUAGGAACUGCAGUCCGUAUAUAGACAUGGAAUUUGCGGGUGUGAUUGAGUGAACCCUGACCGAGCGUUCCUACAGUCCUGCUGCAUUUAAAAAAAAUGUACUCAUCACACAGACCCCUACCAGUCAACAUGGAGGAUGAACUGAUAUUCAGUAUGGAUGAGGUGGGCAGUGCCCAACGUAACCCACUGCAACAGAGGACCCCUGAUCAACGGGCCCCAUCUCUAAGCAACGCUUACGAUAGCGACGAGGACGACUACUACAUCUGUCCAAUCACAGACGACCCUGUCAGCCAGGCCGAAGACAUCUGUGGCUAUUUAAAGAAUCUCGUCCACAGCAAGCAGCUGUCUAACUCCCCUAAAAACUCCUUCUCCUACAAGAAUGAAACGGAGAAAGAAACUACACAACAGUCUGUCGGGUUUGGGGCGUUUUCUGACAAUGCACGGGCGGUGUGGAAAAGAGCCAUAGAGAAGGCCAAGGCCAUGCCUGACCCAUGGGCUGAGUUUCACCUGGAAGAAGUCAAGACAGAGCCAUGCAUACGAUACAGGUACAAUGCAAUCACGGCGGCAUGGUCUCAAGACACAGUGCACAUCAAGGUUUCUGGCCAGCCUUUUGGACGCGGGGCCAUGAGGGAAUGCUUCAGAACGAAGAAGCUGUCUAACUUCUCCCAUAGUAGUAACUGGAAGUGUGCGUGUAACUAUGUGACGAAGCGCUACAUGGAGCCUGUGGACAGGGAUGUGUACUUUGAGGAUGUCAGGCUGCAGAUGGAGGCCAAACUCUGGGGAGAAGAGUACAACCGCCACAGGCCACCCAAACAGGUGGACAUCAUGCAGAUGUGUGUGAUUGAGAUGAUGGAGCGUCCAGGUAAACCUCUGUACCACCUGGAACACUACAUAGAGGGGAAGUACAUCAAAUACAACUCCAACUCUGGCUUCGUCAAGGAUGACAACAUCAGGCUCACUCCACAGGCAUUCAGUCACUUCUCGUUUGAACGUUCGGCCCACCAGCUGAUCGUGGUGGACAUCCAGGGGGUGGGGGACCUCUACACGGACCCUCAGAUCCACACAGAGAGGGGGACAGACUUCGGAGACGGAAACCUGGGUGUGCGGGGCAUGGCACUGUUCUUCCACUCCCACCUGUGUAAUAAGAUAUGUAAGAGUAUGGGGCUCACACCCUUUGACCUCUCCACUGCAGAGAAAAGUCAUCUAGACUGCACCAACACACUGCUGAAGUCGGCCCAGACGGUACUGAGGGGUAGUGAGGAACAGUGUGGUUUCACUCGUUUUCGUACUAUAUCAGGGGGCCGUGUGCCCCCACUUCUCUCCCACCUGUCGGAGACCUCGUCUGGGGAUGACUCUAUGAGUGACAUAAGUGACUCCAUCCCCUGCUCGCCCCUCGCCUUCCCCGGCUCUCCACUAGGACAGCACUUCUCUAUGGGCUCCAUGGGCAGGUCUCCUCUGGGGUGGUCUUUCAUAAAUGAGAUGGAUGAACGGGAGAAACACAACCGCAGCCACAGCCCAGAACACAAGGACUCAGAGAAUGGAGGAGACAGUGGUUGUCCAAGUGAGAGGAGGAGUGAAGGGGACCCAACCGACCAUGCAGAUGGGAGAAAGGUUCCCAGCAGAUCUUCCCCUAACCCAAACUUAAACUCUCCUGCCAUAAACACCCCCAACAGCCAACCGCUGACAGAUGAUAAAUGGAGUGUCUACCACUCGUCUCGUUCUCACGUCCACCGGCCAUCCUGUGUUGCUGUGGAGAUGGAAAGACUUGACUCGCUGAUCCUGGAGAGGAAGAUUGGCAAGUCCAUCCUGGGGAAGGUGCACCUGGCAAUGGUGCAUUACCACGAGGCUGGUCGGUUCUGUGACAAGGAGGAGCAGUGGGACCAGGACUCAGCCAUGUACCACCUGGAGAGAGCCGCCAUGUGUGGGGAACUAGCGGCUAUCGUUGCCCUGGGACAGUGUUACCUACAGCUGCCACACCAUAUACUGUCAGAGAUGGAGCUAGAGGACAACUCAGGGAGCCGUAUGAAGGGCUUUAAGUUCCUUCUGCAGGCUGCUGAGGCAGGACACAGAUCCUGCAUGAUCCUGGUGGCCAGGGCCUUCGACACCGGCAUCAACCUCUCACCAGACAGGUCCCAGGACUGGAAGGAGGCGAUGAGAUGGUACAACUGUGCCCUGAACAUGACAGACUAUGAUGAGGGGGGCGAGUUUGAUGGCAUGCAGGACGAGCCUUGCUACCAGCUGCUGGCCAGAGAGGCUGAGAUGUACCAGGAGGGGGGCCACAGCCUGGACCCAGACCCACAGAGAGCAGGUGAUCUGUUCACAGAGGCAGCAGACUCAGCCAUGGAGGCGAUGAAGGGCCGACUGGCCAACCAGUACUAUAUGAAAGCAGAGGAGGCCUGGGGCAUGAUGGAGGAAGAGGAGUAGGAGACGGGCUGGCACUCUGCAAGGCCAAAGGAAUCGGCUAAAGCAGAAACAAGCUGGCACCCAGGAUAAUGUUGUGAUGGAUUUUCCUCCCUAAUGGUUUAAAGUUUACAGACACAUUUACUGUGUGAUUUCCAAAAUGCUGUGUGAUUGUUUGAUCUGUAUAUGACCUUUUAUGCAGCCGUCCUCUAGCCUAGCUAUCUUUCUUGGUGCUUCAGAGGGAAUUAUGUCUGGUCCUUGCCUUGUACAUUUUUCCCCUUUUCUAUUCCUGUCCCCCAUUGCCCUUUGGACUAAUGAAUAUGGUUGCAUUACAGAGGCAAUUUACCUAACUAAAAAUAAGCCAUUUCAAACUAGAAAAGUACACUUCCUAAAAAAGAAUGUGCUUGCUAGCUUAAAGGGAUAUUUUAGGAUUUUUUCAAUGAGGCCCUUCAUCUACUUCCCCAGAGUCAGAUGCACUUGUGGAUACCAUUUUUAUGACUUUGUGUCCAGUAAGAAGGAUGUUGGACGUAGUUUUGUGUGCCAAUGCUACCUAGCAUUAGCACAAUGACAAAGUCUAUGGGUAUCUGCUAGCAUGCUAGUAGAUACCCAUAGACUUAGUCAUUGUGUUAAAGUUAGCCGUGUUAAUAUUUGUAGCUGAAAUUGUUACAGAUAAUUAGCAUUGGAAAUGUCUACCAUUGUGUUCUUACGGUUGGCAUUGAAUUCAUGAUAGUUUAUACAAAUUAAUUGAAGUUGGGAUAGCCUAAAUAUUUUGAAGUUGGUAUUGUAGUUUAUUCCAUGGGUCUCAUUCAAACCCAUGUUAAUAUAUGUUAUGUGAAAUGGUUAUAGUAUAAAAAAAUCUGAAUGCAAGCAUGCUAAGUUGAUUUCAAAGUCUGGUUGGAGUUGAUAGCUAAGCAUCGCGACACUGUACAGCAUCCCUUUCUUAAGGCGUGCUUCAGUUCGGCUGGCCCUUAGCCAAACUUGGCUAGCCAAACUGAACUAGUGUGCUCACAUACACCCUUAAGACACAUUCGCUCGAAAAACAGAACGAAAAGCGCCAAUAGUACUGUUUGUCCAUUUUGAGAUGAAGUAGCAAGUUUACACUUCUUCAGAAUAGUCAGAAAUAAUCUAAGAUAACUCAAGAAAUGUCAUUCAUUUGGAUGUUUUUGCCUAGGAGAUCUUAGACCCGCAAUUUUACAUCUAACUAGGAUGUUUGGUGCAGUAUUAUUUUAUGAAAACGAGUCAUCUCUCGUUGAAUGACAGACAUUAUGGAAGAAUCCCUACUGUUGACCUACAGUAGACUUCGUUCGGCUCCAAACUUCGGCUUGCCUCCAGAAAGAAAUGUGUGCCCGAACAGCCGGGGGAAAAAACGAAUCGAAGUCCGAAACGUCACAAAAUGUCGUCAUAAUAUAUGCACGAACUGUUUCGGCUGGAAAGUGUGCAGAUAGAUGCCUUUUAAAAAUACGGUGACAAUUUCAGAAAUGAAACUUUUACUGCAAGUUCAGGUGAACACAAAACAACUCAAAUAUAUGAAAAUGUCUAUACAUUUCAGCUAUUUCAAAAACAUUGCUCUGCUAUUAGUAUUUUUACUGUAUAAAUGUUGGGCUCAACGAGAAAAUUCUGCUUACACUGCCCUGCUUAGAGGGGGGGCAACGGUCGGCCGAGUGUCGUGUGCGACCUCCGGAGGUAGCGUUCGAGACGUGAGAAAUGUGCAAGUUUACAUUACGAUUAUGUCUCUCGAGAAUCCCUCAAUUCUCCUUAAUACUCUUCAAUGAGAAUAGACCCUUAAACGGUUCAAGAGGAGAUGCAUUUUGACUUUUGACUAAAAGGGCCAUUAACUAAAAGGUAAUGGUCCUUUUAUUGCCAAUAAAUGCAUUGGUGAUCAAAUAAAAAAUAAAAUGUAGUUCAAAAAGUAUAAAUGCUCUAAAAUGAAUACAUUCUCAAGCAAUCUAAGUUUGGGCUGGUUGUAUGUUUUUAAAGUUUUUGAGUUCAUAACUUAAAUCGUUUAAGCUCUAGAGCGGGCGGAAGAUAUCCAAUAAUAAGAAUGCAUAUUACAUUUUAAGAAAUCUAGAGUGGUCGUGCCUUCAGCAAGCACAUUAAUUAAUGUUUGAUUCAUGAAAUAAAAAUUUCUUGAACAAAUGUUGUUUACUUUGUUGGUUUUGCCUAACACUUUUGUAAUAGAGGGCACUUGUUGCAUUGUUUGCAUACUUGUGUAUAUGAAUGCAUGGAAGUAGCUAUAUGUAAAUGUCUUGACUUUGGAAUAAAUAUGAUUUUAUUGCAUUGUAAA